AUGGACAUCAGGGUGACGUCUGAUUCCGUUCCUCGGGCGCAGGUGGUGAACAGCGGCGGCACGGCCGUCAUCAACUGCUCGUGGGCGGGCUGGCCGGCACCGCGCCUGGAGUGGCUGCACAACGGCGCGCCCGUGGGCGCGGGCGUGGGCGGCGGGCGCGUGCGCGUGCAGGGCGGCGGCGAGCAGCUGCUCAUCGCGUCCGUGCAGCGCGCCGACCGCGGCGUGUACCAGUGCGUGGCGCGCAGCGACCGGGACUCCGCGCAGGCCAGCGCCGAGUUGCGGUUGGGAGACACGGCGCCCGAGCUGCAGUACACGUUCAUCGAGCAGGUGCUGCGGCCGGGGCAGGUCGUCACGCUCAAGUGCUCGGCCGCCGGCGCGCCGCCGCCGCACUUCGCCUGGCUGCUGGACGGCCAGCCGCUCAACACCCUGGCUAGGGGGCACAGAUACAGCAUAGAGCAGUUUGCGAUGAAGAGCAACGAAGUGGUGAGCUACCUCAACAUCACGGCGGUGCGCUCGGAGGACGGCGGGCUCUACACCUGCAGGGCGGCCAACUCGCUGGGGGAGAUCGCGCACACCUCCCGCCUCAACAUCUAUGGCCCGCCCUACGUGCGCUCCAUCGGCCCCAUCAGGGCGGUGGCCGGCCGCGAGCUGGUGCUGUACUGCCCCUACUCCGGCUACCCCAUCAGUUCCGUGCGCUGGGAGCGCGACGGUAGCCAACUAGAGUGGGAGGGCAGCGCGAGUGGCGAGGGCGCGCUGAGGAUAGCUCGCGUGGAGGCGGCCAGCGCCGGCGCCUACACUUGCAGCGCUGUCGGCCCGCACGGAGAGAUAGCGCGCCGCGAGCUGCAGCUCAUAGUCAGCACUCGCGUGGAGGCGGCCAGCGCCGGCGCCUACACGUGCAGCGCCGUCGGCCCGCACGGAGAGAUAGCGCGCCGCGAGCUGCAGCUCAUAGUCAGCAACCCUCCAGAAAUUGAGCCGUUCUCGUUCUCGGCGAACUUGCAAGAGGGCAAGCGGGCGCAGGUGAGCUGCAGCGUGGCCUCGGGCGACAUGCCCGUGCGGUUCGCGUGGCUCAAGGACAACGCGCCCAUCGCUGCGGACCUGCAGGUGGAAGAGCGCGCCGCGGAAUUUUUCAGCAACCUCGUAUUCAAAGAGGUGUCCGCGCGCCACAGCGGGCGUUACACCUGCGUGGCGUCUAACAACGCCGCCAAAGUUAACUAUACCGCCGAGCUGGUGGUCAAAGGCCAUCAAAUAGCUGUUGCAUAA